AUGCGUAACGAAAUAGACUACGACGAGUUCAUGAAGCUCACUGGUGGUCAAACACUAGAAGAAGAAAUGGCAGCUGAUGGAGGAGGUGAGUCCAUAGAAGAUGAGGAGGAUGAAGAAUUUCCUAACUCCGAUACUACGCAGGAGUUUGCUGUCAAGAAAGAGUUUGUCUCAGAAUAUGGUGGUGACCUACCAGUGCACGUCAGGAAUCUUAUGCAAGAAAUUGUUAACGACGAACUAGGAGGAUGUCGCGCCGAUGUCUUGUCGGCAUCGGUUCCAACUGAGACAGAUCAGCCAUCAACAUCGCAAGCAACACCGGUUGCAGAGCCAACACCAGAACGAGAACGAAUACCUCGAAAACUGAGUAAAACUAUGGACGCUCUACUUGGCCAUGCGAAUGUCAUCUACGCGAAGGGAAACACUCAAGAGGCUCUUGCUGUUUUGCUGGAAGUAAUUCGCCAAGAACCUCGCAAUGCAGCAUCGUAUCGUCAAGUUUCGGACAUAUACCAAGAAUUAGGAGAUCCACAAAAGAGUUUACAGUAUGGUCUUCUUGCAGCGCAUCUCGAUUCUCGAACACCGGCUGAAGAUUGGGCUCACUGGGGAGAGAUGAGUCCAAAAAACUCGAACUCAUCGAAGAAGCAGCUGCCCAUCCGACUGAAUCCUUCAAACUGGAAAUACUAUGAAAAUCGUAUUGAAAUGCUUGAUCUGUUGGGGCUUCGACCGCUAGCGAUGCGCACCCGCCUGCAAGCCGCUCAAAUGAUCGAUCCUUCACAGGCUGGUGUUGACUUCGAGUGGUUCCACGAGUUGAUCAAAACGGUUGCUCAAUACUACAUUGCUAUAAAUGAUGAAGAUCGAGCUAUCCUUGGCGCUCGAAGCUUUCGUUCUUCGCAAUCAGCGGAAAACAAACACGAAACUCUGAUAGGAAUGUGGAUGGCUAAGAACAAGUUCCUCGAAGCAGCGAAAUCCAUUUUCGCGUUAUGCGAUGGAAUUUUCGCCACGAGGAAACCAGACGGCGAACCCGCGUUGACGAUCACCUUGUCGCAUGGUACCUACUCCGUUGAGCCAUUCCCUCCUGACAAUGACGUAGACUUUCACGUUGAGCCCUCAUUCUCUACGACCACUCUUUGCAGGCUGAUCGUGUGUUUCAUCGGCUUAGGCAAAAGAGAAUUGGCCAAGCCCCUCAAAGCAAUACUGCUUAGCCGAGAUCUGUUAGCUCAUGAGGAUGAGCCACAUGUGCUGGAAAUCGCUCGAGCAUACUACAAUUGUGAUGCCUUCAAGACGACAAAGACUUUGCAAGAAUGGAAUAACUACUGCGACAACCCGGAAAUGUGGUUCAUUUAUGGAAAACAUGCUUUGCGGGCGCUCAAAGACGUCACAACGGCUAUGGAAUCCUUUGAAAAAGUUUUACAACUGAAUCCUGGACAUGUGGACGCUCGUAUCAAUCUAUCAGGAUUGCAGCAGAAGAUGGGUCAGUCGGAUAGAGCGCUUGAGACGCUUCAGGACUACGAUUUGGACACCUGCACACAUUUACCGGACGAGCGAUUACUUAUUAGACAAGCGGACGUCCUGUUCGAUUCUCAAAAAACCGAACAAUUUAUUCGAUGUUGUCGGAUGCUUCUUACGCCACAUUUUUACGAAGUCCAUAGAAAUCAGGACAGUUUCUUCUUGAGCAAUACUUUGCGGGUUGCUGCGAUUAAUGCGAUCACUAAUACGAAUUGGGAGAAGUUCGUUCUGCGGCAGCCAAACGAGCGGCGAAGUGUGGAUGAACUUGAUCCAGCUCUGCUGCACGACUACUGUUUGAAACUGAUCGAAUGUCUCUUGGCUAAGAAUCGCUACCAGGAUAUGUUAAUCGUUUGUUGCUACGCGUUUUUACAAACCCCGGAUCACUCGGUCGGAGAAGUCCUCAACCUUCCAGAAUCUGCUGUACUUCUGCGCGAUAAAAGCUCAUUGCUGGCCGGUUGCCUUCGAGUACGUACGAUUGGUUACCACACACUGACCAACACAGCACAUCAACUGACGCUCCCGAACUCUCGAGAAGUGCUGUACAAACGAAUAUUCAAUGCUAUGAACUACGUCUUUGUACACUCGCAGAAUGUCUCCUUAUCAUCGGCGGUUAGCGUUGGAUUACGGCUCUUCUCAAAGUAUUUGCGUGUUUGGAAUGACAAUAAGAAGAAUCCGAUGAUUUGCCUACUUCUCGCCUUGACCUUUACCCAUAUGGCAUGUAAGAAAGAUAUAAGUAGCAGACACAUGAUCGCCGUGAGAGGUAUUGCAUUCAUGAAGAGUUACGAGAAAAACCGAGCAUGUCGUCAGGAGUGCUACUACAAUAUUGGACGAAUGUUUCAUCAGUUGUCUUUAACUCCGUUAGCCAUUCACUUCUACAAUAAGGUCCUCUCCGAGCCACCUCCUCGAGUUUUUUACACAGACGAUGAAGGCAAUGAAGUUGAAAGACCAAGUGAUAUGUGA